UUUGUUUUUUUUUUUUUUUUUGUGGUGCGCUCGUCCAUCUCACCGGGCUCAGGAAGGAGGAGGAGACGCGAUUCAGCAGGGAAAAUAAUAAAUAAAUAAAAAAUCCGGAGGGGUGAACGAAAUAAAAACAGAAAUCAGAACGGGUAAAGACCCCUCUUGCGGAUUUGAGACGGGUUUUUAAAUGCAGGACAUGUUUUAUUACGUGGUGCGCCACCAAAUAAUUUAAGGACAAAGGCGCAGGGGUUGUUUGUGUUUUUUGGUGGAGACUGUGGUUUUUGCGCGGCGGCGGUGUUUUUUUCGGGGUCGGGGGAGAGGCUGUCGUCUCUGAGGUAGUUCGGGCUCGGCAGAGCUCAUGUCUCGGCAGCACCCGGCUUCGUCCCGCUGCGUUUGGGACCGGCGCUGCUGAUCGAGAGCGGAGCAGCGAGGGUGCCCGGCUAGGAGACCUCACCCUCCGUCCCACAAUUGGACAGCCCCCUCUCCCCCUCCCCUCCACACCGGUUCUCCAGAGCCGGCUAGCAGUGUGAAGUCGGAGAGCCAUCGGUAAGAAGGGACUAGGCAAGUCCGAGGCCCCCCCCUCUCCCUUCGCUCAGAGAGCGAGCAAAAGCGGCCACCACUGAGGGGGAAAAUCCGUGUGUGGAGCCAGCGAGCCCUGCGAGGAAGGGCUUGGGAAGAAGAAGGGGAAUGACUCUGGAAUCCAUGAUGGCUUGCUGCCUGAGCGAAGAGGCGAAGGAGUCCAAACGGAUCAACGCGGAGAUCGAUAAGCAGCUCCGCAGGGAUAAGCGAGACGCCAGGAGGGAACUCAAACUGCUGCUGCUCGGAACGGGAGAGAGUGGAAAGAGCACAUUUAUCAAACAGAUGAGGAUUAUCCAUGGAGCUGGCUACACUGACGAGGACAAGCGAGGCUUCACCAAGCUGGUCUACCAGAACAUCUUCACUUCCAUGCAGUCCAUGAUCCGGGCCAUGGAGACCUUGAAGAUCCAGUACAAAUACGAGCAAAACAAGUCCAAUGCCCUGUUGGUUCGCGAGGUGGAUGUGGAGAAGGUCUGCUCGUUCGAGCACCCCUACGUAAACGCAAUCAAAUUUUUGUGGACCGACCCCGGGAUUCAGGAGUGCUACGACCGGAGGCGGGAGUAUCAACUCUCUGACUCGACUAAAUACUAUCUGAGUGAUCUGGACCGUAUAGCGGAACCGUCCUUUCUCCCCACUCAACAAGAUGUGCUUCGGGUUCGAAUCCCCACCACCGGGAUCAUCGAGUACCCCUUCGACUUGCAGAGCAUCAUUUUCAGAAUGGUGGAUGUGGGCGGGCAGCGGUCUGAGCGCAGGAAAUGGAUUCACUGCUUUGAGAAUGUGACGUCCAUCAUGUUCCUCGUCGCUCUCAGUGAAUACGAUCAGGUCCUGGUCGAGUCUGACAAUGAGAAUCGAAUGGAGGAGAGUAAAGCGCUGUUUAGGACGAUAAUCACAUAUCCCUGGUUCCAGAACUCCUCCGUCAUCCUGUUCCUUAACAAGAAGGACCUGCUGGAGGAGAAGAUCAUGUACUCCCAUUUAGUAGACUACUUUCCAGAGUUUGAUGGUCCCCAGAGAGAUGCCCAGGCGGCCCGCGAAUUCAUCCUGAAGAUGUUCGUGGACCUGAACCCCGACAGCGACAAGAUAAUCUACUCUCACUUCACCUGCGCCACGGACACGGAGAACAUCCGCUUUGUGUUCGCUGCAGUGAAGGACACCAUCCUGCAGCUCAACCUGAAAGAGUACAACCUGGUGUAGACCCCCCCUCCCUCCCUGGUCCACGCCCCCCCCC